AUGGAGACCAAAGACUUCAAAGAAUUGGCCCAGCACAAGGAAACCGUAGCUGACGGCUCCUCUGAGAUUCAAGCCAGCCUGGAUGGGCUCGAUUCUAUCGAACAGACCCAAACGGGCAAGUUCUCGUGGCUAGUAUCCAUCACCGCGGCCAUCGGCGGCAUGCUCUUCGGCUACGAUACGGGCAUCAUAUCAGCCGUGUUAGUUUACAUCGACAAUGAUCUCGGGCACACCCUCUCCUCGUCUGAAAAGGAACUCAUCACGUCAAUCACCUCCGGUGGCGCCUUCAUCGGUGCCAUCUUUGCGGGAGCCACGGCAGACCGCUUCGGGCGCAAGAUUGCCAUCUACGUCGGCAGCUUCCUGUUCACUGCCGGCGCCAUCAUCCAAGCUGCCGCCAACUCGUUGGCUUUGAUGACCGUUGGUCGUCUGGUCGUUGGGUUUGGCGUCGGCUCCGCGGCCAUGAUCAUUCCGAUGUACAUUGCCGAGCUAUCCCCUGCCAAAUACCGCGGUCGUAUGAUUGGUCUCGACAACAUGUGCAUCACGGGCGGCCAACUAGUCAGCUAUGGCGUCGGUGCUGGCUUCGCGCACGUACAAGGCGGGUGGCGUUACAUGGUUGGCGGCGGCGCGAUUCCAGCCCUCAUCCUGGCGUGCAUGCUGCCCUUCUGCCCAGAAUCGCCAAGGCAGUUGAUCUAUCACGGCAAGGAACAAGAGGCCGAGAAGGUUAUUCGAAAGAUUUUCCCAAACGGAACGGACGAGCAAGUCCGGAUGAAAGUCCGUCAUAUCACCAUCCACGUCGAGGAGGCCAAGAACAUGAACGCUGGAAAGUCGCAAUGGUGGGUGCUUAAGCAGCUCUAUGUUGUCCCAGCGAACCUCCGCGCCCUGAUCGCGGCGUGUGGACUCAUGGCCAUCAGCCAGCUUUCCGGCUUCAACUCACUCAUGUAUUUCUCGCCAACCAUUUUCUCCCUCGUUGGAUUCAGUAACCCUGUGGCAGUUGGAACUAUCAUCGCCGGCACCAACUUCAUCUUUACGCUUGUCAACCUGUUACUCGUAGACCGCGUCGGUCGUCGCAGGAUUCUACUCUGCACGGUACAAUUCAUGGGUCUGUUCCUGGUCGUGGCCGCAGUCGCGUUCAAAUGGAUCCCUAUCAAUCAUGAUCUAUCCCUUGGAGAGAGGGCUACGAUUGGACCGCCGGCCAUCAUCGUUCUUGUGAGCAUGGUAUUCUUUGUCGCAUUCUACUCCUCGGGUAUCGGCAACACAGCUUGGCUGAGCAGCGAAUUCUUCCCAAUGGAGGUGCGCGCCAUGGGCACCAUGAUGCUGACGAUGAGCUGCUGGGGCUCCAACAUUAUCGUCGCCUCCACCUUCUUGACACAGAUGGAAAACACCACACCAUCUGGUGCGUUUGGAUUUUAUGCGGCCAUCUGCGUGCUCGGGUGGGUCUCGAUUUAUUUCUGCUACCCCGAGGUCAAGAACAUGACGCUGGAGAAUAUUCGCGAGGUGUUCAACCACGGGUUUGGUGUAAAACGUGCCAGGGAGCUUCAGAAGCAGAUGAAGGCUCAUCGAAACAUGGGAUCGGUUUCGGAGGAAAACGUCAAGGUGUAG